GGUCUCUCUUGUUCCAUUGCAGGAGCUGAAUGAUCUGGCUCGUGACCCUCCAGCACAGUGCUCAGCAGGACCAGUGGGAGAUGACAUGUUUCACUGGCAAGCCACGAUCAUGGGACCUAAUGACAGUCCAUACCAGGGGGGCGUUUUCUUCCUGACCAUUCAUUUCCCCACAGACUAUCCUUUCAAACCCCCUAAGUUAGCGUUUACCACAAGAAUUUACCACCCCAAUAUUAACAGUAACGGCAGUAUCUGUUUGGAUAUUCUCAGAUCACAGUGGUCGCCGGCUUUAACUAUUUCUAAAGUUCUGCUCUCCAUUUGCUCCCUGUUAUGUGAUCCCAACCCAGACGACCCUCUAGUACCAGAGAUCGCACGCAUCUAUAAAGCAGAUAGUGACAAAUACAGCAGAAUAGCAAGAGAAUGGACGCAGAAAUACGCCAUGUGAUGACUGGUCUGAACAGAUCAUCGGAAGGACAACGUCGUUGUAGCUGGAGUCAACUUCAAUUGCUUGUUUUCAUUAUUUUGUUCAUUUUGUUAUUGAAUUAGACUCAUUUUGCCCCCAUUUUCACUCCUUCAUUUAUGUGCUAUUAAAAAGAUAGUGUUUGUUGCUCGGACA